GCUGCCUGCCCCACAGAGGCCCUGCCGAGGCCCUGCCGCUCUGCCCGCCUCCAGCUCUGCGGGACUCAGCCUCAGCCUUCUUAGGUCCCGAUCUUCUCUGGUCUCUCGGCGCUUGCUACACACUGAAUUAAAAGCCCUGCCUUCCCAGCUGCGUCCCUCCCAGAGUGUGGCCCCUGGAGGGGAGGAAAGGAUGCCAGCUGCACGAGGGAAAUCCAGGUGUAAGGCACCAGUGACGUUUGGGGACUUGGCCAUCUACUUCUCCCAGGAAGAGUGGGAAUGGCUAAGCCCCAUUCAGAAGGAUUUGUAUGAAGAGGUCAUGCUGGAGAACUACCGGAAUCUGGUCUCACUGGGUCUUUCCUUUCGGAGGCCCAAUGUGAUCGCUUUAUUGGAGAAAGGGAAAGCACCCUGGACAAUGGAGCCGUCAAGAAGACGCCGGGGCCCUGACUCAGGGUCUAAAUAUGAGACCAAGAAGUUACCUCGAAAUCAUUGCAGCAGAUCUGGGGAAAGCAUCUAUCAAAAACCAGUUUCUGCACAACAAAAAGUUCUCACAGGAAAGAGAAGCCUCAACAAAAAUUCAGUCCACAUAAAACCCAAGAAAGGGCAUUCAGAGAAGAAAUCUUUCAAAUGUAGUGACUGUGGGAAAACUUUUGGUCAGAGCUUCCUUCUUAAACAUCAUUGGAACUCUCAUGCUGGAGAGAGGCCUUAUGAAUGCAGUAAAUGUAGAAAAGUUUUCAGGCAGAUCUCAUCACUCAUUCUUCACCAGAAAAUUCAUAGUGGAAAGAAAAGCCAUGGAUGUGAUAAAUGUGGAGAAAGCUUCACUCAGAAAGUAACUCUUCUUCUCCAUAGGAGAAUUCAUGACAGAAAGGAAACCUUCGGCUUUGGGAAGGCCUUGAGUCAAUCCUCGCCUCUCAGUGUACAUAAGAAAAUUUGCAUUGCUGAGCAUGUACACCAGUGCAGAAAAUGUGGGAAAGCCUUCAGUCGGAUGUCAGCUCUUUUACUUCAUAAUAGAAAUCACAAUGGAAAGAAAAUACAUAAAUGCACUAAAUGUGGGAGAGGCUUCAAAAAGAAAUCAGUCCUUCUUGUACAUAAAAGAAUUCAUAUUGGAGAGAAAACCCCUGAACAUAACAAGGCCUUCGGUCAGAGUCUCCAACAGAGAAGUCACCAUUUAGAGAAUCCAUAUAAAUGUAGAAAAUGUGGAAAAUCCUUCAAUAGGAUUUCACCCCUUUUGCUUCAUCAGAGAAUUCACACCUCAGGGAACCCCUAUAAGUGUGGUAAGUGUACAAAGGUCUUCAGGCGGCUUUCCACUCUCCUCCUGCAUCUAAGAACUCAUAAUGGAGAAAAACUAUACAGAUGCAAUAAAUGUGAGAAGGUCUGCAACCGGCAUUCAUCUCUUAUUCAACAUCAGAAGAUUCAUACAAGGAAAAAGAAGCUCUUCGAAUGUAAGGAAUGUGGGAAGAUGUUUUCUGGGACUGCAAAUCUUAAAAUACAUCAGAACAUUCAUUCUGAAGAAAAACCUUACAAAUGCAACAAAUGUAGUAAAGUUUUCGGACGCCAGUCAUUUCUUAUUGAACAUCAGAGAAUUCAUACUGGAGAAAAGCCCUAUCAGUGUGAAGAAUGUGGGAAAGCCUUUAGUCACCGAAUAUCUCUUACUCGACAUAAGCGAAUUCAUACUGAAGAUAGGCCCUAUGAAUGUGAUCAGUGUGGGAAGGCCUUCAGCCAGAGUGCACACCUUGCCCAGCAUGAAAGAAUUCACACUGGAGAGAAGCCAUAUACAUGCAAAACAUGUGGGAAGGCCUUUAGUCAGCGCACUUCCCUUAUUUUACAUGAAAGAAGUCACACUGGAGAGAAGCCCUAUGAAUGUAACGAAUGUGGGAAGGCCUUUAGCAGCGGCUCAGACCUUAUUCGACAUCAAAGAAGUCACUCUUCCGAGAAACCCUAUGAAUGUAGUAAAUGUGGAAAGGCAUAUAGUCGGAGCUCAUCCUUGAUUCGACAUCAGAACACACAUUCUGAAGCAAAAGCCUAAAGUUCUUUUAAAUCUGUAAAGCAAGGAAUGAGGCUAUCACAGAAGUAGAGUCAGAGGCAAGGGAAAGUGUAUUUGUCUAUAGCAUAAAUCUUGUAUAUAUGGGACCAUUUGAUAUGUACCACCUUGAAAGCCAAAGAGCAAAAGUCAUUAGUGACUUUUGACCUAAAGAUUUGAAAUCAAAUGAGGCAAGCUCAGAAGAUUAGAUCAGUUGUUGUGAACUAAGACCAUUUUUCAUCUAUAAGAAUUGCCAAUAUUUUACUUCCAGUGUAGUUUUAAAGCUGUAUCUUCGGUCCCAUACAACAAAAUGGAAUUGUGAAGUCUAUUUUUGUGGAUGAGUCUUUGAGUGUGAUAUAAGGUCACAUGAGCAGAGACUGAGUCUAUUCCUUAGAACUAGAAUUGUCAUACAUGAAGAACUUACUGGUAAAACAGGGUACCACUUUCAAUGGAAAGAAUCUUAUAGGUGAGAAUAAAGAAGAGUGAGUCUCUAGGUGGAUAAAGAUCACUGUCAUCAUUACUGUACUGUCUUCAUAGCUAUGAGGAUAUGUGAUCUUCCUGGUGUCAAACUAACAUGGCUGAAACAAACUAAUGGGAAAAGAACCAGGGCGUAAUACAGCAGGAACUUCAGAGCAGGGAGAAAGUAUUUGUUAUUGUUUUACUUGAAAAUAAAUUGUCUAUAUUUAUAUGAA